GUUAGUGUUUUAUUUUCUUUAGUUGCGAACGGUAGAGAGCAAACACAAAUUUUAUUUGCCAUUUAUGUUAAAUUUCGCCAUGAAUCAAAUUUAUGCUGUGCUGUUUGUAGGCCUCGGCUGCCUUUUUAGCCUGUUGCCUGUGUCUGCCAUUCCCCUGCCCGCCAAUCGGAGCUCAAUCGCAGCUCCACGGAAGUCUGUGGCGGUGCAGGAUCUGGAGGUGGCUGCCGAUACGCAGCAUCAAGUCGGGAAUGGGCUGUCAAAAAUGGGCCUGUUUCCGGGUGCUUAUAAAAGCAAACUCCGCACUGUGGGAAAAGCAGAAGCAGCAGCAGCGCCAGCAACAGCGAAGGGGACUGUGGCAGGUCGUCCGCUGACCAACGCUGGCCUCAACUUCUGGGCCAAGCCCAAAGCAAAGCCAAAAGGUGAGGCUGCCACAGCAGCAGCAGCGGCACCAAAAAUAUCCGCCAGAGCAGGCGGUGGACAGGUGCGUGGCAAGAGUCUGGAGAGAACGAUAUCCGUGCCCCGCAUGCAGAGCGAUCAUAUGGGCAAUUGGGUGUUCAAUCCGUGGGGCGUCACCUUCGGCGUACUGUGGCAGGACACGCGAAUGCAUUACCAAGUGAAGAACAGCAUGACUGAGAUUCUGGAGGAUACGCCACACGGCGGCCACUACAAUCUCUAUUACAACUUCAAGCAGACGAAAGUGUGCAGGGGCAAGUCGACGAUUUACAACAGGCCGCGGGUGUACCAGUGGCUGCAGCGGCGCAUCGUGCAGGAGAAGACGCCCAAUUUCGAUGUGUUCAGCAAGUACAGGCCCAUCUGGCUGGAUCUGCGCCGCGAGCUCUACACGAUGGGCAGAUCGGAGUCCUGCCACAUAUCGGCAAUGGACGACUGGCUGCUGUACAACAACUGCGCCAUACUGCGGAACAUGCGAAUGGAGUACAUCAUACCCAAGUAUCCGUUGCAUCAGAUCGCCUAUUGGCACACUCACUUUCGAAAAGAGUUGACUUAUAAAUUGUGAAUGCUAGUGGCA